GUCCAUCCGAAACGGAUGUUUCUGGUUUGACUUUUGAGAGACAUGCCAAAAAAACUUUGUUCAUUUUUUUUACGCUUCCUCCCCAUCACCAAACAAUUCGGACGCCCUGCGUCUGCUUCCUACAAGGAAGAAAGAGAGAAGUUUUUUUUUUUAUUGAAAAUCUUUUUCUCUCAUUAUAGGCGUCUGUUUGUUCAAGACAAAGAUAGAUGAGUGCCCAAGGAGAGGAUCAUCAUUCUAACCUCCUACCUGGUUCUCUGCAGAGAUUGGAAGACCUGCUAUCACAACCGGGGAAUAGAUCCUGUGCAGAUUGCGGAUCAUUAGAUCCAAAAUGGGUGUCGGUGAAUAUAGGGGCAUUCAUAUGCAUAAAGUGUUCAGGCGUUCACAGGGGAUUAGGGUCACAUAUCUCAAAGGUUUUGUCAGUGAAGCUGGAUGAGUGGACAGAUGAACAAGUUGAAGCAGUAGCUAGAAUGGGUGGAAACUCUGUAGUGAAUAUGAAAUAUGAAGCAUGCCUCCCAGAUAAUCUUAAGCCAAAGCCAGAAGCUCCAGCAAAAGAACGUUCUGCUUACAUUAGGAGAAAGUAUGAGCUGCAAGAGUUUGUAGCUAAAGAAGAAGUCAUCUCCCCUGCGUUCUGUAGCUUGAGAACCUCACAGAGCAUGUCCAGUGGUAGACACCCAGAUUGUUCCCAAGACCGGAAAGUUGAAAAGCAUCAUAGCAAUCGUUUUCAUGGCAUUGGUCUUAAUUUUCGAAAUAGUUGGAGGAAAAAAGAACAAGAGCAGAAAGCUACAAACAAAAACUCAACGUUGGGCAUGGUUGAAUUUGUUGGACUCAUCAAGGUAAACGUGAUUAGAGGAACCAACUUGGCUGUCAGAGAUGUAGUGACUAGUGAUCCGUACGUCAUGUUAACAAUGGGAAACCAAACAUUGAAGACACGUGUGAUAAAGAGCAACCUGAACCCAGUUUGGAAUGAAAAAGUUGUUCUUUCCAUCCCAGACACUGUUCCACCUCUAAAGUUGCAAGUAUAUGACAAGGAUACCUUCAGCGCAGAUGAUCGAAUGGGAGAAGCAGAAGUAGAUAUCCAGCCAUUGGUUGCUGCAUCUGUAGCUUAUGAGAACUCAGGCAUCAGAGAGCCAAUGCAACUUGGAAAAUGGAGAGCAAGUGAGGAUAACAGUCUCGUCAAAGAUAGUCUGAUAACAUUAGUAGAUGGAAAGGUGAAGCAGGAAAUCACUCUAAAGCUUAAGAAUGUGGAGAGAGGGGAAUUGGAAAUUGAACUUGAAUGUGUUCCUCUCACUCAAUAGCACAUUUGCUGUGUAAAGGAAAAGUAUAUUUCAAUGAUCAGCUCAAAAAAAGAUUUCUCUGU